GCAAGUUUUGCUGACUUAAGGACCAAAAUUGGAAGAAGAAAAUUUACGAGGGCUAAAAAUCUACGAAAGCAGACACAUUAGGUCGUUUUUUAUCAGAAGAAGAUGUCGUUUUACCUCGGAGCUCCUGCAAUAGUGAGGACGAUCCAUUGCUUUGCUCGAGAGGAGCAAGAAAGGCGAUUGGGUCUCCGAAAUUCGUCUGAAAAAGCUGGCCGACGAUAGAGCGAUCGGAAUCUAUACGCAAGCGGCGUAUCCGUGACAGAGAUCAGGUGAAGACGCUGAAGCGAAUCCCCGAUUUCCCGCCAAUUGAAGAAAGGCGGGAGGGGAAGGUGAGAAUAGACGGAAGGUGUAGAAACAGCGGAGUUCAGGCUCUGCUUCCAGUUUCGAUUAUCGCUAUCGCCAUCAAAGUUCUGGUAUUGUUCUCUUUCUGUGUCUAUUUUCGAGCGGGCAAAAGGGGCGGGAGUUUGAGCUGCGGAAGUCCGAGUGUUGUCUGUUUGCAGAUACGAUUUGUUGGGUAGAUUUGAAGAUUUUAACAGCGAUGAAGAAGUUAUUGGAGUUUGGGAGGAAGGCGUUUUUCUAUGCGAAAGUGCUUUCAGGAUAUGAAGAACGUGUGUGAUUGCGAAGGCCCAAUUCAAUCGGCGAUGCGAGUUGCGUUUGGUAUUAUUAUUUUUUUCUGUUUACGGCGAGGAGUAGUGAAGAAAAAGAGACGGGAAGAGGAGCAGUCAACGAUCCCAGUAGCAGGAGCAGCCCAACAAACUAGAUCAACCAUCGCGCGGUUGAAGGGUGCGAUUGCGAAGGCAGCUAUUGCCAAGUGGAAUCGGGGGAGAAACAAAAUCUUUAUUCGCCGGCAGCACUCGCCGUCCGCUUCCCCUUCGGCCGAGUUUCGACGGAGUCUUCUUUCUUCCCAAAUUGGGUUUGGAAUGAUAGGGGGCUGAUUUCAUUAGUUUCUUUCCGUUUCCAAUUUCUAAUAAAUCGAAGCUGGAGUUCGUAAUGAUGACUGAAGUCUGAAGGUACUAUUCAGAGCGAAACCAUGUCGGAAUUGUUGAAUCAAUUCGAAUGCAUUCUCGAUUCCGAUCCCCUCAUGUAAGCACCGUCGUCAAAUUCGAUUCAGGAAGUUUCCCCUUCGUUCAAUUUAUUCGCUCAACCCUAUGUUCAAUUUUGUUUUUCGGCUGCUUUGGUGCUCCUUCGUGCUCAGCAACGAAGUAGGGUUCAUUCACCCUUCGCAAUUUGCGACAUUAGAGAAAGACCCUGAAGCUGGUAGCUCACGAUCGGAAGCCUCGGAUGCGCUGGAUGGUGGAGAUGGGAGCUUCUGGAUUCGAGAUCACAAACUGGGCAUUUCCUCGGAGGUUGUUCUCCUAUUGUACAAGGCUGCCAGAGAACAAUUCAUGAAUGCAAUUGCAGAAUACAGGAAACUCGACGGCCUAUCUCUUCCUUCUGCUGAAGCUCUAGGAAUUGUGGUUAUGAAAUGCAGCAAAGCACUUGUGUUGUUAAGCCCUGAUUUCGGGACUGCUUGGAAUUCCAGGUAACCAAUUUGAAAAUUUCUAUAUUUAUACGGGUCUGGUUGAUUUGAAUCGUUAUGAUCCGGAAAUGGUAGAUUCGCACCUGUGUUUUAAACCCUCUAAUUGCAGCUUGUUUAUGCCCAGUGUGCCCCUCUGUUCUUGUUUUUAUUUUAUUUUUAUGAAGAUGCAAAUUGCAGAAAGUUAAUAGUAUCGAAGAAGACACAAGCGUCAAUGUUCACUGACGAGCUCCGCUUGUCUGCCCUUGUCCUUUCGUAUUCACCCAAGAGCGAGCAAGCAUGGAGCCAUAGGUAAUAUCUAUGAAGUACUAGUUGAUUCUCUUCCUGUGUUGUUGUUUAUCUGCUGAACUGCAUGAGUUGUUAACUUGUUCUAUGCAUUUUUCCUUCGGUUAUUGGCAGGAGGUGGGUGAUCAAGAAUAUGGCCAGAAAUCGUACAACUUUGCAAGAGAUUCUGAGGGAAGAAUCUGACCUGGUGGAGAAGAUAGCAGAGGUUUAUAUUAAUUUCAAGAACUGCAUAGUAGUGAUUCGUGAAGGUUUAACAACUUAUAAUACUAAAGAAGCAUACUAUUUCCUUGACAAUUGCAUUACAAAAUUUUAAAAAUUGGAAAAGAAAAGGGGAAAAGAAAGCAUCAUCUUUGAAGUUUAUUAAUUUCAGGUUUGAUUGUUGGAUCUUUCCAGACAUGACUAGGUGUAUGCAUGUAUUGUUAGACUUUCAUUUUUCACUCCAUACUAGUGGCUUUGAACACAGCUCUGGUUUACUAAUUCUUGGGCGUGUGUGCUAUUGACUGCUACUCUAAACUUUUUCUGCCUUGCUAUCUAUGCAGAGAUCAAAGAUGAACUAUCGUGCAUGGAAUCAUCGCUGCUGGUUGGUUUCUUACAUGGAUAGAGAACAGGUUCGUUUCUUAGAUUGGGCAUGUUUUGUUACCUAUAGCGUCAUGACAACUUGGCCCUCAUGUAUGACUAGUAUGGAAGAAUUUCAGCCCACUGUCUUGAAUUGGGCAGUUUUUAAAAAAAAAAAAAAAACUUUCUCCUGGUUUUUAUACAUUCUCAUUCUAAGAAACUUUUGUGGGUAUUUUGGUUCAUACCUGCUGAUGCAUUUCACAGUCAUCUAUGAGCUGCUUUAUCUAGAUGUCCUGUCUGUCAGCUUAAGCAAAAAUUGCUUCUCCAGGUGAUUCAGGAACUGAAGAAAUCCAAAACGUGGGCUGGGUUACAUGUUUCUGAUAAUUCUUGCUUUCAUUAUCGCAUGGUGAGUACAAUCCUUGAACAUUUAAAAGAGAGUUCAUGAGAGAAAGCUAUGUAUAAUUUUACGAGUAUUCAUUCCACGACAUUCCUAGUAUCUUGUCACAGUUUGAGUUAUCACCAAAUUGCAGCGGCUAAUCAUCAGAAUUUUAGAGGAUUGCUGCCGUAAGCAAGAAGAGGGGUCGUGUGAUUCUUGUGUUGAAGUUUAUUUGAUCUGGCAGGUAUAAUGUCUGAACUUUCAUAUUCACCGCCAUCAUUUAUUAAUUCUUUUGUAAUUAAUCGAGAUUGCACAAUUUGUGAGUUAAUCACUCUGAUGCUGCUGUUUGUAUCAGGAGGAGCUUGACUGGAAUGAAGAAUUAAUAAAGCGUUAUUUAGGAAGGGAGGUAUUUUUCUCAAGCCCAUUUAAAAUAUGUGAAUAUAGGGGAUCUUGACAAACAUGAAAAUCGAUUACUGCGUUCUGCAAAUUAAAGUAGCUGUGGAAUUGUUUCUGAUCACUUUGUUUCCAUUGUAACCUGAACUCAACACAGAGUUUCCUCCAAAGCUAACGCCCACCCCAAAUCCCUUUUUGUUCACAGGCUCUAUGGCUCUACCGUCGCUUUCUCUCCUUAUUAUGGAUAAGGCAUUUCACAAGCGAUGUCAACGACGUGUCUUCUCCACAAAAACGCCAAUCUAGCAUCCAAGUGAACGUCAGUGUGUUUUUGGAUGAGGAGUUGCUCCUCGUCAGUUCAUGCUCGGAAGGAUGUGAUGAUGAGUUUGAAGAUUUUGAAGAACAAGCAAUUUGUUCAGCAUCUUACAUGUUAUGGUUGACAAAGGUAACAAAAUGUCUAGUUAUAGUAGUUAAUUGUGUUGGUUUCGUCAGGUGAACUAAUUGCCUUGUGGGAAUCUCUUUUGUACAGCAAAUCCCUGAAACCCAGAAGUUAGAACUGAGAGAGAAGAUAGAGAAUGAGCGCCUGGACGCCAUGUUGAAGUUGGUGUCCCUGAGAGGUCCUCCAUUUGGGGCUAUCUAAGAUUAGUAAGUCUAUUUGGCUGCCAUGGACGCUGGAAGUGGAUGGUAUUAAUGAGAGUUGUUAUUUGCCAUUUCCCGCCCACAGUUACGCAAAAAAUGACCAGUAUACCCCUAAUAAAUUUCUAACCCUCCACUCCACUCUCCCUCCCGUAUUCCUAAACCUGGCUGACAAAUUACAACCCGAUCCGUUGACCCGACUCGAAACUGCUCGAAAACUAGGAAUUUUUGUAACCUAAAUUCCGAAUAACCCGUACUCAUUCAUAAGAGUAAUACUACUACAAAAAAUAUUUCUAAUGUUUUUUCACAUAAAUUACAUACCCACUAUGUCGACAUGCUCCGAUCUGUGCCCCGUGAAAAAUUACCCGAUCUGGACUCGACCUGCCAUAGUACGGGUAUGGAUAUCGAGAUACCCGUCCCGGACCUACCGUCAUUUCUACUCGCGCGGCCAUAUUAAUUAGGAAAUAGAAUUGGAUUUGGAUGUGGGUUAAGGAGCAAUUUUUGAAAUUCUGAUUCCCCCCAUCUCUCAUCUUCGGGAUGGGAUACGGUGACAACUAGGGCUGGAAGUUUGGUACCGGUAUUUGGGAUAUACUGAAUAUCAUACCGAAUUUGUCUAUAUUUGGUAUUACUGAAUACACGUAUUAUUUUUGUGGGAUUGAGAUUGGGAUUGAAUUUCAAUUGUUAUUCGGUAUUAGGGAUUACGGGAUUGGGAUCGGUAUAUACCGAAAUAUCGAUCAAUAUCGAAAUAUAAGCUAGUGUGUAUUUUAUCGUCUCAACUAGACUCUCUCAUUCACUACUGCGCGACCAUUAACCACCAAAAGUGCCAUUUAAUAAUACAUAGAUCAUUACAUCACUAUUUCACACUAGUAUUAGUCGCCUCUCAACCUCAAAUUCGUUAAAUUAAAGAUUACCAAUUACAAGAACUUGAGAUGUUAGCUCUAGGCAACUCAAGACUAUUUGCUUAGUCUCUUUGCCCAAAAUUAAACAAUAAAAUCUAAU